AGUCAGUCGGUCGGAAACGACAAGCAGGAUAUUGAUUUCCAUACUGCGGCGGCGACGAGACUGGUUGGCUCUCUUGUCCUAUAGUUUGAAAGAACCAUCGGUGACUCCGGAGGAACAUAAUGCACUGCCGCUAUCAAGAGGGACGAUAGAUAAUUCUGGAUCUCGUUUCCUAACCACAAAUGUCAACGGACAAUCCUCUCUGGAACAACCCGCUCACGAGGAGCUCCCGGAGAGAAGGCACGGUCUUCUCACGGUCGUCGACUCGUGAGAGACAACUAAAUGAGGAGGAAGCACUGCUGUGGGCCGCACUUGAGAAGCUGCCUACUUACAACCGGUUGAGAACAUCAAUUCUCAAAGAUGUGUCGGGUAGCAGGCUUGAACAGGUCGAUCUUUCAAAGCUCGGUGUUGAGCACAAGCAGAGGAUUGUGCAGACGAUAAUUGGGAUUGGCGAAGAAGACAACGAGCUGUUCUUGUCCAAGCUACGGGAUAGGAUUGACAGGGUCGGCUUAAAACUCCCUGAGAUUGAAGUUCGUUUCAAACGCCUUCAUGUCGUUGCACACGUUCACGUUGGAAGCAGGGCUUUGCCAACGCUAUGGAACACAACACUCAACUGGAUAGAGAGCAUACUGGACAUGGUGCGCCUUGUCCCCACCAGAAAAAGAUCCCUUACCGUCCUAAACAACAUUAGCGGGAUAAUAAAACCAUCGAGGAUAACACUGCUCCUUGGACCUCCCGGAUCUGGAAGAACCACAUUUCUUCUCGCUCUUUCUGGGAAGCUCAGGGAUGACUUGAAGGUAACUGGAAGUGUUACCUACAAUGGUCAUGAAUUACACGAGUUUGUGCCUCAACGAACUGCUUCAUACACAAGUCAAAAUGACGUACACCUGGGCGAACUGACAGUACGGGAGACAUUUGACUUCUCAUCGCGCUGCCAAGGUGUUGGCUCUUCAUACGAAAUGUUAUCUGAACUGGCCAAGCGUGAGAGAGCAACAGGAAUCAAGCCAGAUCCAGAUAUCGAUGCGUUUAUGAAAGCCUCAGCCAUUCAAGGCCAAAGAACAAGUAUAGUUUCCGACUAUGUUCUCAAGAUUCUGGGUCUCGACAUUUGCGGAGACAUCUUUGUGGGGAAUGACAUGUUGAGAGGAAUUUCCGGAGGUCAGAAAAAAAGAGUCACUACAGGGGAGAUGCUUGUUGGGCCCGUAAAAGCAUUUUUCAUGGACGAGAUUUCUACUGGUCUGGACAGCUCAACAACUUAUCAGAUUGUCAAGUGUCUCAAGCAAUCCGUUCAUGCAACGAGUGGCACUAUGGUCAUCUCAUUACUGCAGCCGGCGCCUGAAACAUAUGAUCUGUUUGACGACGUUAUUCUCUUAUCCGAGGGCCAAAUCGUAUACCAAGGACCUCGUACUACUGUUCUUGAAUUCUUCGAGGCUCAGGGAUUCCGAUGUCCAGAAAGAAAAGGCGUCGCUGAUUUCCUACAAGAGGUGACUUCGAGAAAAGAUCAAAGUCAAUACUGGGCAUUGGAUGAGCCAUAUUCAUACGUCUCCGUGGAGGACUUCGUUGAAGCGUUUAAAAAAUUUAGCGUGGGUCAGCGACUUGUAUCGGAGUUAUCACGACCGUUUGACAAGUCAACCAGCCAUCCCGCGGCUCUGGUUACCGAGAAAUUCUCAUUAACAAACUGGGAACUGUUUCAGGCAUGCCUUGCCAGAGAAUGGCUGUUGAUGAGAAGAAACUCGUUUCUCUUCAUUUUCAAGGCUGUACAGAUUAGCAUUAUUUCAGUCAUCGGGAUGACAGUGUUUUUGCGUACCGAAAUGCAUCAUGAAACCGUCGGUGAUGGAAACAAGUACCUUGGUGCUUUGUUUUAUGGCCUGCUCAACGUGGCCUUCAAUGGGAUGGCUGAAAUGGCCAUGACCGUCGUUUAUCUUCCAGUUUUCUACAAGCAGAGAGACCUCUUGUUCUAUCCUGCUUGGGCGUAUGCACUGCCAGUCAUACUUUUGAAAAUCCCGGUGUCUGUUAUGGACUCUGCAAUAUGGACCGUCAUCACUUACUAUGUUAUAGGCUUCGCACCAGAGGCUAGCAGGUUUUUCAAGCAGUUCCUCCUCUUCAUUUGUCUCCAUAUUAUGUCGCUGGGAUUGUUUCGCAUGGUUGGCGCACUGUCUCGAACUAUAGUUGUGGCAAACACUCUAGGCUCUUUCCAGUUCCUGCUUAUGUGCGCACUAGGAGGCUUUAUCUUGUCCAGAGAGAACAUUCCAAAUUGGCUAACUUGGGGUUAUUGGAGUACGCCGCUGUCUUAUGCGCAGAAUGCACUCUCUGCCAACGAGUUUCUUGCCCAUCGCUGGCAAAGACCUUCUAAUUCUUCAGAUACUGUUGGAGUUGCUUUCCUUAAAUCUCGUGGAUUAUUUCCGAACGAGUAUUGGUAUUGGAUUGGCGUUGGAGCUUUGCUUGGGUUCGGAGCUGUGUACAAUUUCCUGUACAUUGUCGCAUUAAGCUAUCUUGAUCCUUUCCAAAAUUCUCGGGGAGCUAUUUCGGAAGAAAAGACUAAAGACAAAGACAUUUCAGUCUCCGAGGCCAGUAAAACCUGGGAUAGCGUGGAAGGGAUUGAAAUGGCAUUGGCAACUAAAACAGGGAUGGUGCUGCCGUUUCCUCCCCUGUCAAUUUCUUUCUCCCAUGUCAACUAUUACGUUGACAUGCCUUUGGAAAUGAAGAAGCAAGGAGUGUCUGACGACAAGCUGCAGCUGCUACAAGACAUUACUGGAGCCUUCCGACCAGGAGUUCUUACGGCACUCGUUGGCGUGAGUGGUGCUGGAAAGACAACGCUGAUGGACGUCCUUGCAGGCAGAAAGACAGGUGGGUACAUCGAGGGAAGCGUCAAUAUCUCCGGGUUUCCCAAAAAGCAAGAGACAUUUGCUCGAAUCUCUGGAUACUGCGAGCAAAAUGAUAUUCACUCCCCAUAUGUGACAGUAAGAGAAUCAAUUACUUACUCGGCAUGGCUUCGUCUGUCUCAAGAGAUUGACAGCAGAACCAGAAAGAUGUUUGUUCAAGAAGUCUUAAAUCUUGUGGAGCUCACUCCCGUCCAGAAUGGUCUUGUUGGCCUUCCUGGGGUCAGCGGGCUUUCCACCGAGCAGAGGAAGCGGCUGACAAUUGCAGUGGAGCUUGUUGCGAAUCCGUCCAUCAUUUUUAUGGAUGAACCAACAUCGGGACUGGAUGCAAGAGCUGCGGCGGUGGUCAUGCGCGCCGUCAGAAACACUGUCAAAACCGGCCGAACCGUUGUCUGUACCAUACAUCAACCGAGUAUUGAUAUCUUCGAAAUGUUUGAUGAGCUCUUGCUGAUGAAACGUGGAGGCCAAGUUAUCUAUGCAGGACCAUUGGGCACAAACUCUUGCCAUCUGAUUGAGUACCUCGAGGCCGUCGAGGGAAUUCCAAAGAUUGGUGAUGGUAUCAAUCCAGCAACUUGGAUGCUAGAUGUAACGUCUCAAACUGUCGAGAGCCAGCUGAGGAUAGACUUCGCCACGAUCUACAAGGAAUCGUCGCUGUACAAGCGCAAUGAAGAUCUCGUGGAGGAGCUCAGCACUCCGGCUCCUGGUUCUAAGGACUUGUACUUCACGUCAACAUUCUCCCAGACCUUUGUGGAGCAGUGCAAAGCAUGCCUGUGGAAGCAGUACUGGUCAUACUGGAGAAAUCCUCAGUAUCAACUUGUUCGCCUCUGCUUCACUGCCUUCGUCUCGCUUAUGUUUGGGGUCAUCUUCUGGGGCUGUGGAUCCAAAAGGGAUACUCAGCAAGACGUCUUCAACGUCACCGGCGUUUUGUAUCUGGUAGUUCUCUUCGUAGGAGUGAACAACGCAGCAUCUGUGAUACCGGUUGUCGAUAUAGAACGCACCGUUUAUUACCGAGAAAGAGCUGCUGGAAUGUAUUCUCCGCUGCCAUAUGCGAUCGCGCAGGUCGUUAUUGAGGUCCCUUAUCUCUUGACUCAGACAGUAAUCUUCGGGCUUGUAGUUUAUCCAAUGGUCCAGUUCGAGUGGACAGUCGUCAAGUUCUUCUGGUUCAUGUUCUUCUCGUUCUUCAGUUUUUGGUACUUCACGCUCUACGGGAUGAUGAUCCUUGCUCUCUCUCCGAAUGGACAAUUCGCUGCCAUUAUUUCGUCGUUCUUCUAUAUCAUGUGGAACCUCUUCUCGGGAUUCCUGAUUCCAUACUCGCAAAUCCCCGUGUGGUGGCAGUGGUAUUACUGGAUUUCUCCCGUUGCAUGGACUCUAUACGGCUUGAUAACUUCCCAGCUCGGAGACGUGAAAUCCUUCAUGCAAAUACCAGAGCAAGCACCAGUCCGAGUGGAGGAUUUUAUCAGGGACAGGUUCAACUUUCGCUACGACUUUCUGGGCCUCAUGGCCGGCGUGCAUGUGGCAUUUGUCAUCCUUUCUAUCCUCGUCUUCGCGUUUUGCAUCAAGCACUUCAACUUUCAGCGGCGUUAAAUAGAUACCGGACUAGAUUUCUAUGCCUGGACGAAACGCAAGCUUCAUUAAUGAGGAAACAGGUAAUCUUGUUUGCUGACCUCGGUGUGAGCUCGCAAGAUCACAGCCUGGGUUAUAAUGUGAUUUGAGGGAGUCAAAAGAGCUGUAUACUAUCCUUUAGCCAACGGUUGCAAGUAGAAAAAUCGUCAUGGAGCCCAGAAAAAGUUGUAAACGUUUCUGCUCACUACACCGCUAAUGGAUUUGUUCUUGUUUAGUA